UCAACUACAACAACAACAAUAGCAACAGCAACAACAACACACUGAACACCUGUUAGUAUAGCUGCUGUUGAUGCCCACCUUACGCACUAAUAAUGUAAAGUGGCGUAAAACAGAGAAUAUUUUGUAGCAUCUCUUCAUUCUCUCCCUGCUUAGGCUUGGUUUUGCCAAACAAUAUGCAAUUCAAUGGCCAUGCUGGAAUACCUGCCAGCCAGCCAGCCAGCCAACCGACCAACCAUAAGCAAACGUUUUUUGUGAAAUAUUGAAAGUCUCCACUUGUUGAGAGAGAGAGAGUGCAAAAGAGAGUCUAGUAUUCUUUUCUCCAUAGAGGCCACGUCAUUGCCAUUCGUUGCCUCAUCGUUGCGUAUCACAUCGUUGUUGGGGUUUCUGCAUUGAGCGCCAGCAUUACACGGUGCCUCCACUGGUGUAUUGAUGAAUCCAGUAGGCUUUUAGCCUCCGAGCGGAUAACUAUACGAUUUUCUCGAAAGCGCAGUGUUUUUUGAAGAUUCCCAAAUGUGUGAUGGUGUACACUGGUCUUAACUUAUAAAAAAUUCAAAAAGGCAAAAAGCAUUUCCAUUUCUUUUUCACAUCAUUAAUUAAAACCAAACAAAGGAAAAAGAAUUGAAAAAAAAAUCAAAUCCAAAGAAACGGAAACCAAAAACGACACGAAUUACAACUUUAGAAAAAUUUCAUAUCGCGUAAGCGUUGUCAACUUUGUGCCAAAUCUUUAUUGAAAAAAUAAAAUAAAAUAAAAAAGAUAUACAUGAAAAAAAUAAUAGUAAAAUAAACAUAAAUUAGAAAUUUAAAAUAAUAAAAAAAAAAAAUCAUAAAUAUUUGUGUAGUGAAAGAGAGUGAAAAUUAGUGAAAAACCCCAAAAUCAAAUGUACAACUCACUUUUCAAGUCUUUGUAAAACAAAAUUAUCUUCACAACUACGAAAUGGGAAUAUCAGAAAGAUUUUAGAAAUCCCUCUGCUUCUGGACAAUUUAAUAGCCAGCCAGCCAGCCAGUCAGCCAGGCUAACAACCAAGCAAGCAACCUAUCAUCAACCAGUGGAACACAAAGUACAAAAGAAUAAUAAAAUACUUACCUGAAGAAAACCUGCAAAAAAAAAAGAAAAAAACAAAACAAAUAUUGUGAGAAAAUAAGCAAUAUAUAAAGUUGUAUGUAUGUAUGUAUGUGUGUAUACGAGUAUCUGUGUGUGAGAGUGAGUGAGUGAGUGCAAGAGUGCAUAAAUAAAUAUUAUUAAGCCAAAGUUUACUAAAUAAUUGAUAAGAAAUGCAGCCGGAGCGUUGGUGGCAAUAGCGGCGACAACAAUAAUAACUACGGGUAUUCGAGUGUUUGUUAUCAUGGUUCAGCGGUUGAAGUACCUUUUCCAGCCUUUGGUCAGUAAAUGACAUUUACAAGCAGUUGUCCAUAACCCCCCAAAUACAGGCAGCUGGAGAAAGAUCAAUAAACUCGCAACAUUUUCUCCGUUAAGCUCACUUUGGCUGCCUGCCUGCAUGAUAAGCUAAUUGCUCCUUAGAAGAAACCACCACAGGAGGACUUAGUAGUUGUUGUGAGUUUGAUUAAAUCCUAAAAUGCUGCAUUCCUCCAUGCAGGAGCAUCAACAACAACAACAUGAACAAACUCAUCAAACUAGCGCAAUAUCAACAAUAUCCAACAAAAGAGCACAGCAGCCACUCCAACAGUCGCAACAGUCGGGUGAAGCGGCGUAUAGAAAUGCUGAACUGCGACCCUUAACUGUAAGUCAAUUGGAUACGGCCAACAAUGGUGUCGGUCGCCCUAGCCAAAGGCUCAAUAGACAAGAUUCCGAUACCAGCUCAUUUGCUGGUCGCAGAACACGUCUAAAAGACGGCGGUGUCGGAGGAGGUGGUGGUGGUGGUGGCGGCAACUCCCAUACAAUGCAUUCCAACGAAACUCCCACAGGUGUGCUAGUGAACUCGGCGGCUGAAUCACGUCAUCGGCGUGGUGACAGUACCCGCAGUCAGCUAAGAAAACCCAGUUCCUCCAGCGUUCGCCCAACUUCAAACGCUGGUCAAUACAGUGGCAUGGCGGCCAAUAAUGCUCGAACACCAAAUGAUCCAACAACACAAAGCCAUGCUGCAAAGUCUGCCACCUCACAGCUCAAUAACCCUGCAAUGCAUCAACAACGCCAUCAACCAACCCACCAAAGUUCUGCUACAGCCGCCACUGUUUCCUCCUCAUCGACCACCAACAACAGCCACCACCAUAGAAAUGCCAACAAAAAACCCGCCAGCGAUCGCAGUGAUGAUGAACGUCUUAGCAACACCAGCGGUGAGCCAAGGCGAAUGCGGCGAAGACGCUCGCGCCGCAGAAACAAACACGAUGGCAUGUCAGGUGGGGGCGGCAUGUCUUCGUCGUCGAGCUCCUCCUCCUCGUCGUCGGGCUCUUCAACGGGCUCGAGUUGUAAUGGUUCCUGCAGUUCGGAUGAUGGUGAUUCGUCUACCUCGUCGGGUGAACCGAAUUUGCCGUAUCCGGGUUUUCCUGAAGUCGCCUUGAAGUAUCUGACACAGGAUACAAGGCCACGCAAUUGGUGCCUGAUGCUGAUAACGAAUCCAUGGUUCGAGCGUAUAUCGAUACUGGUGAUUUUAUUCAACUGCAUCACGCUGGGCAUGUAUCAGCCGUGUGUGGAUGAUGCUUGUGAAUCGAAUCGUUGUAAAAUUUUACAGACAUUCGAUGAUAUCAUCUUUGCCUUCUUCGCCUUGGAAAUGUGCAUUAAAAUGGUCGCUAUGGGAAUAUAUGGCAAAACUACCUAUUUGGCAGAUUCAUGGAAUCGCUUGGACUUUUUCAUAGUAUUGGCUGGAUUGCUGGAGUAUGUGAUGCACGUGGAGAAUUUGAAUUUAACCGCCAUACGUACAAUAAGAGUACUGAGGCCCUUGAGGGCCAUUAAUCGAAUACCAAGUAUGAGGAUAUUGGUAAUGCUGCUUUUGGACACUUUACCCAUGCUGGGCAAUGUUUUGCUGCUGUGUUUCUUUGUGUUCUUUAUAUUUGGCAUUAUUGGUGUCCAAUUGUGGGAAGGUAUCCUAAGGCAACGUUGUGUGCUCGAAUUGCCCGACUAUAUACGAGUGCCAUUGAAGGAACUACCUGAUGUGUACAGAGUUCGAGUCCGUGUUAACUCUGUGUCAUACUACUAUGAGUUUUCCAAGGAACAGGAUUAUAUAUGCUCGAAACCCGAAGAUUCUGGCAUGCAUUUGUGUUCAGAUUUACCACCAUACCGCAAUGGGCCCAUGAUAUGUACCGAGGAAGCGGUGCCCAUGCAGGAAAAUCUACCCACCAAUACAUCCUGUGUCAAUUGGAAUCAAUACUACUCACACUGUACACAAAUGGGUUUAAAUCCAUUUCAAGGUACCAUAUCGUUUGACAAUAUCGGUAUGGCAUGGGUGGCCAUAUUUUUGGUCAUAUCCCUAGAAGGAUGGACUGAUAUUAUGUACUAUGUACAAGAUGCUCACAGUUUUUGGGACUGGAUAUAUUUCGUACUACUAAUUGUCAUCGGUUCCUUUUUCAUGAUCAAUCUGUGCCUCGUUGUUAUUGCCACCCAGUUUAGUGAGACUAAGAAGCGAGAAAUGGAACGCAUGCGGCAGGAGCGGGCACGCUACACCUCCACCUCUACACUGGCCUCCAGCACAAAUAACUCGGAACCGGCCACUUGCUAUGCUGAAAUUGUCAAAUACAUUGCCCAUCUUUGGCGACGCUUCAAACGACGAAUGAUAAAGAAGUACAGAUUAUAUAAGUACCAACAGCAGCAACGCAAAGAAGGCCUUCUACCAAAUGCAGACAAUUUAACCUUUUCACCAUCACGCAUCAAAUGUCAUCAUCCAAAAUGUCCCAAGUACCCAGGACCACCUCGCAAACCCUCCAGCAUACAAGAUCAGAUGAUAACAGUAAUGGUGCCGCUUAAUUCCAACAAUAAUGUCAGUGGCAGCAACAACAAUCACAGUCAACAGCCGCAGAUGACAACAGCAGCCAGCAACACGCAACAACAGCAGUCGGCGGCAGCUGGGGUCACACAACAGCAACAGCGUUCCAACUCAACAACAACCCAGACACCAGUGGCCUUGAUAAAUGGCCUAAACAAUGGUGUCAAUGUUAACAAUCAACAAUCCAUGCGACAUCAUUCUUCUUCUGAGAAUUCUGUGCAAUCUUUGGACAAUGCCUCCAAUAGGGGCAGCAACAACAAAAAUGGCAAUGAAAGCAAAAGAAUACAUAAUCCCACAAAAUCAGAGACGGAUUCGUUGAUGGCCAAUAAACAGCAGCAGCAGCAGUUACAAGUAGUGCCAAAUCAACAUCAACCACAGCAACAACAGCAGCCGCCACAGCAGAAGACCAUACUCUUGAAGUUUCCCCAAAAUCUCAUGGAAACCGAUCAAUUAAUUCUGCAGCUGGGAACUCUAGGCAAGACCCAUCCCUGUACCUCGGGCUUCUUGAGCCCUCCCACCGCGGGCAGUCGCCGUCCUUCGGUGAUGUUCAACGAAUAUGUUUUGUUGCAUACACCGCCAGCCCUGAAGGAGGCGCCGGCAACGACUGAAAAAUCUGUGUGUUCCUCGGAAAAGAUGACCCAAGCGGGCGAUGGCAGUAUAUGGCAGGUUAAUUUACCCCAAACUUUGGCCAGCAUAGCAAAUCCUUAUGCGGACUGUUCGGAUUUGGGUAUACACGACGCCAUGACUUGUCAAGAGCUUUUAGCAUUUUCUGUGGCAUUUUCAGCUGCUCUGCCCACGGGUCAAAGCACCUUGGAGUCUUUCUACUCCUCGUUGGCCCGUUGCGAUCCGCACACAGCCGAGGCCAUUAAAAAUCAACAAAAUCUGGAAAACUCCAAGCAACAGCAGAGUCAGCAGCACCAACAACAACAGCAGCACCAACAACAAAAGCAACACGCAUCCGAACAACAGCAUCACCGUCACAAACACAGAAGUGGAGGAGGUGGUGGGGGGAGCCACCAUAAGAAGUCGUACGAUGGCAUAACCUCCAAUGGGGGCACAGUGCGAGGCAGUGCCACUGCCAACACGGGCAGCUACAUGGAGGACUACUCCUGCUGCUAUGAUUUGUACCAAAAUGCCCUUUCCCCGCUGGACGAGAAGAAAAAGAAGAAGCGUUCCAAGGCCAUGAAUGCCAUUAUCACCGUUUAUCGUUGCGUUUGGCGUGUCUGCGGCAUUGGUCGGCGCUAUGUGAAACGCUUGGUGGAGCACAAGUACUUUCAGCAGGGCAUACUCUUGGCCAUUCUCAUCAACACUCUGUCCAUGGGUAUUGAAUACCACAACCAGCCCGAGGAAUUGACCGUUAUUGUGGAGACAAGCAACAUUGUCUUUUCGGGUAUCUUUGCCGUCGAGAUGUUGCUGAAGGUGGUUGCCGAAGGACCAUUUCGUUAUAUCGCCAAUGGCUUUAAUGUUUUUGAUGGGGUCAUUGUGAUUUUAAGUGCCAUUGAGAUAUGUCAACAAUUCCUGGGCAAUGGCACUGGCGGCGGAGGUUCAGGUCUGUCGGUGUUGCGUACCUUCCGCUUGUUGCGUAUCCUCAAGCUCGUACGCUUCAUGCCCAAUUUGAGACGCCAAUUAUUCGUCAUGCUGCGCACCAUGGACAAUGUGGCUGUGUUCUUCUCCCUCCUGGUGCUGUUCAUUUUCAUAUUUAGCAUAUUGGGCAUGUAUCUGUUCGGCGGUAAGUUUUGUAAAUUUUUGGACGAGGCCGGCAACGAAAGGGAAUGUACAUGCCCCGAAAUAAUCAGCAAACACCCACAAUGUGAAUGCGAUCGCAAGCAUUUCAACAACAUUCUAUGGGCCACCGUAACGGUCUUUCAAAUUCUGACGCAGGAAGACUGGAAUGUUGUCCUGUUCAACGGCAUGGAAAAGACGAGUCAUUGGGCUGCACUGUACUUUGUGGCACUAAUGACGUUCGGCAACUACGUUCUCUUUAACUUAUUGGUUGCCAUUUUGGUUGAGGGAUUCAGUUCAGAGCGAAAUGAACGUCGUGAACGGGAACAGCGCGAGUUGGUUAAGAAACUGCGCGAGGAAACAUUGGCCGAAAACUAUAGCGAUGCUAUGUACGAUGAAUCGCACAGUGAGGUCGAUUCAUCAUCGACCAAUGAAAGUUACUAUGAGGUGCGUAACCGAUGGCAUAGUGCCGAGGACAUACGAAAGCUGCAGGACUCCACGGAAAUAUUCAUUGAGAGUAAAAACAAUAUACAAAAACAACGAAUGUUUCCGGCGGCUAGUCGGGAGCAUCAAAUAAAAGAUUUAAAUGCUACCAUCACUACACAGCCGGGCAGUGUGCCGCUGAGUGCCACCGGAAAUCGGAAACUAUCCGAGAAGGAUGUCAACAAGCCCGAUGAGGAGAGGAAGCCUUUGAAAAAGACAUACUCAAUACGAGACCGCAGAGCUGAUGCGCCAAGACUUUCAAAAAUUCGGCCCAUGCGUGAGCCGCCCAUCAUCACUACCACAGCUGCCACGCCACAAGAUUCGCCUAACACCACCAUGGAGAACGGCACGAAUUUCCGCAGCUGGGGUCAGACAGAUGAUGAGAAAGUCGAAAGCCCUGGCUCACCCUCUUUGCUUAGGCCACCCACCAUAUUUAGCGGGGGCCAGCGUUCGCUGGACGAAGGUAUACCCUCUAUCGAUCUGAUACCACCCUCACCGGUAUUGCCCCACAAGAGUCCCGUCAAUAUUUUGAAUGCCAGCCAAUUGGAGAGCAAUGCCACCGCCUCAUCCUCCUCCAGCUGUUCCCUGCUGCCACCAGCCCUCAAUGGCUCGUCGCCGGGUGGCGGCAUACACAGCGUCAUAAUCGAUGAUAUUUCCAAAAGUUCUACCACGGCCACUGCGGGGACAAUUUAUGUGCCCACAAUAUCGUCUACAGCCGCCAAAUUGCAAUUGCCUCCCUCAUUUGGACGAGUUGAGGCAGGUGGUGCUGUCUCAAACAGCGCGACUUCCCUUAGUGCUCCCGCCGCCGAAGCCACCGAGCCUUUGCAAAGGUUGCCCAGCCUGAAACGCUUUCGACGCACAAGUUCGAAGAGGAAGAAACCACAAGAACACAUGACGCCCGAGGAUUUGGAACACCAACUCAACAAUGGCAGCGAUAACUCUUGCCUGCUCACAGACUGCUCAUCCUCACGCACAGAUGUUUUCCUAAAACCCAGCACACCAAAUGUGGCCAUUAAGAAUAAGGAAACCAAUCGCCUCAGUCCUCAGAACUCUAUACGCCGCCUCUCGGCCUCCUUCAGCAUAGGCAGUGGUCCGGGAAGUCGUCGCGCCUCCGCCUGCCUCUUCAACUCACAGAUGUACCAGAAUCUCAAUCAGACGUCUAAGCUGCAUGCCUGUCCCAGCAAGCGACGUAUGUCCUCCAUAGAAUUGGCCUUCACCAAAACUUCCCACCUUAACCUGCACAACCUGGAGCCUUCGCGCAAGUCCCUGUCAUACACCAACUCCAAGCUGGAUUUGGACAAGUGGCAAAAGUCAUAUACCAACGAGACGGACAUGCUGCAGCAGUACAUCCAGGAGAGGGAGAAGCGCAAAAACUCCGUCUGCCAUAUCCCCAAGAAGCGCAACGAGGAGGAGGGAGCCAAACAGGACGAACAUACCAAGGAGCAACAACAUUCCAUUUUUCUAUCAUCGGAUCGUUUUUCUAAGCUCAAGAUACUCAUUGAUAGACUCAUACCGCACGAUUUCACCAAUGAACGUAGAACAUAUUCGCUGUAUAUAUUUCCGGAAGAAAACAGGUUUCGACGCGUUUGCACUUGGUUUGUCAACCAGAAGUGGUUCGACAAUGUGGUCUUGCUGUUCAUAGCCCUCAACUGUAUCACCUUGGCAAUGGAAAGGCCCAACAUACCGCCCGACAGCACGGAGCGGUUGUUCUUGUCAACGGCCAAUUAUGUGUUCACCGCGGUCUUCACUGUGGAAAUGUUUGUCAAGGUUGUUGCUGCUGGUAUGUUUUAUGGACAAGAUGCUUACUUCACAUCCGGUUGGAACAUUAUGGAUGGUUCGCUGGUAACAAUCUCAAUCAUUGACCUGCUUAUGUCUCUGAUUAGUGCAUCGAGUCCUAGGAUUUUUGGGAUUUUAAGGGUGUUUCGACUACUUCGUUCCCUGCGGCCUUUGCGCGUUAUCAAUCGAGCGCCGGGUUUGAAAUUAGUCGUGCAAACGCUCUUAUCGUCCCUUCGACCUAUCGGCAAUAUCGUUCUCAUCUGUUGCACCUUUUUCAUCAUCUUUGGCAUAUUGGGUGUGCAACUCUUCAAGGGCACCUUCUUCUAUUGCGAGGGAGAGAACAUCAAGAAUGUCAGCAACAAAAGCGAAUGCCUCAGCAUACCCGGCAAUGCCUGGGUGAAUCGCAAAUACAAUUUCGAUGACUUGGGCAAGGCGCUGAUGUCCCUGUUCGUGCUGAGUUCCCGCGACGGCUGGGUCAACAUCAUGUACACUGGCCUGGAUGCGGUCGGUGUGGACCAACAGCCGAUUGUCAAUUACAACGAAUGGCGCCUGCUGUACUUCAUUGCCUUCAUACUGCUGGUCGGUUUCUUUGUGCUGAACAUGUUUGUCGGAGUUGUGGUGGAGAACUUCCACCGCUGUCGCGAAGAACAAGAGAAGGAGGAGAAAAUACGCAGGGCCGCCAAGCGGGCGCUUCAAAUGGAGAAGAAACGCCGGCGCAUGCAUGAGCCUCCGUACUACAUCAACUACUCUCCCUCGCGCAUGUUUGUCCACAAUGUGGUCACUUCCAAGUACUUUGACUUGGCCAUAGCCGCCGUAAUUGGCCUCAAUGUGGUCACAAUGGCCAUGGAGUACUACAUGAUGCCCGUAUCUCUGCAGUAUGCCCUGAAGAUAUUCAACUACUUCUUCACGGCCGUCUUCAUACUGGAGGCCAACAUGAAACUGGUGGCCCUGGGCUGGCGCCUGUACAUGAAGGAUAAGUGGAAUCAACUGGAUGUGGGCAUUGUUCUGCUGUCGAUAAUUGGCAUUGUAUUGGAGGAGCUAAAAACGAAUAUAAUACCCAUCAAUCCAACCAUUAUUCGUGUGAUGCGUGUUUUGCGCAUAGCACGAGUGCUUAAGCUGCUGAAAAUGGCGAAAGGAAUACGAGCGUUAUUGGACACAGUAAUGCAAGCAUUGCCGCAAGUGGGCAACUUGGGUCUGCUCUUCUUCCUGCUGUUCUUCAUCUUCGCUGCCCUUGGCGUGGAACUAUUCGGAAGGCUUGAGUGCUCCGAAGAGAUUCCAUGCCAAGGCCUGGGGGAACAUGCACAUUUCGCCAAUUUCGGAAUGGCUUUCCUCACAUUGUUUCGCGUAGCGACUGGCGAUAAUUGGAACGGCAUCAUGAAGGACACGUUGAGAGAUAAUUGUGAUGACGCGGCAGAUUGUGUACGCAACUGUUGCGUUAGCUCAGUUAUAGCUCCCAUUUUCUUUGUGAUAUUCGUGCUAAUGGCGCAAUUCGUGUUAGUGAACGUCGUCGUGGCUGUACUGAUGAAACACCUCGAGGAGAGCCACAAACAGAUGGAAGAUGAAAUGGACAUGGAAGUAGAACUAGAACGUGAAUUGGUGCGGGAGCAGGAGUUUGUGCAAGAGCAAAAGCUCUGCGAACAGCUGCAACAAGCGAAGAAAACAGCUCCUGCCCAGCGCCAAUUGGGCAAAGUCAAAUCACUGCCAAUGAAUUUUACAUACAAUACGCCUUCUUUGGAGAAAAAGUUCCCAAGUGUGGUUGCAGCCACCAGCACUCGUCGUCAAACGAUACAAUACUUUAACCAGCAAAAUGGUUUGGGUCUGGCCGAGAUCGGUGGGGCCUUCAAGACGCAGACACUCACCCCCCUCGUCCCGGAAUCGGCCGUCACCGAGGAGAAUAGCUUCGAUUCCAAGCUGCAAAUACCGCCCACAGUCAGACGUGGCCGGCGCUGCUCAACCGUUUUGCGCAAACGUGGCAUUCUAACCAAGGAGCGCUCGCUCGACGAGCAGGCCAUUCGUCGACGCACUCUCGAGUCAAAACGCAUGAGCUCCGAUUCCCUGCCCUGGUGUGCGGAGGCAGGCGAAUUUCACAGUGGCACAAUUUUCGAAAGCCUAGAGUCCGAUGGUGGCAGUCCCUCCUCCACCUACGAUCUGCACAGCAUACGCAGCGAAGAGGUGCCGCGUAAUAUUUCCGACACAGCCAGCAUAGUGAGUGCUGUGGUCAGUGAGAAGCCCACCAAUGCGGCAACGAGCAGCAGUUGUGCAGCCCCCACAGUGCGCAGACCAUAUGGUCGAUCCAUGUCAACGGAUCCCAGCUUCUUGGCACCAUCUCGAGCGAAUCUUUUAUCGGUGCCGAGAUCCAUGCCGCCACGCAGUCGCAGCGGCAGCACCAAACAGCUAUUCAAGCAACAGGCCCUCGAUGAAGAUCCCGAUAUGGAUGAAAGUUCCUUGCUGUUGCCCGUUGUUAUGGAAAGCGGCUCUCUCACAAUAGGCGGCCCGAAGAAUGGCAACAAAACAUCAAUGGCAGCAACGACGGGGACGGCAACAACGGCAACGACGACGGCCGAUUCUGCGGAUAUUGCCAUAGCCGAGGGUCUAUCCAAAUCCGAUUCGGCUGAAAUAUUGCGAAUCAUAUCGGAAAGAAGGCGUGCCGAUCAACGCGACAACAGCGGCAAUGAAGAUUCCGACUACAACGAACUGUUGCUUGUCAAAUCGCCACAGUCGUCAAUGGAUGGCUAAGCAAACGAACGC